UCUUCAGUGUAUGCACCCUCGCUCUCUAUUACACGGCGCACUCCCAUCUUCCCUGCGUUUCGUGCUCGCCGCCGAUCUCUCGCUCACUCUCCUCCACCUUUCAUCGACCCAUGGCUUAUCUCGCUGGGACGACGAUCUCGAUCGCCUCUCGCCCGUGGCACUCGAUGCAGGCUGCUAAAGAGUUUUCUAGUCUCAAAUCAAUUUCUUUUUCCAGCAUAAGGAAGAGUUUUCCAGCUAUCCGAUUGCAACCUGCCUCAUCACGCCUUCAGAUUUGUUGUGCUGCCAAGUCAGAUACUCUGGAGAAGGUGUUGAAAAUAGUCAGGAAGCAGUUGGCAGUACCAGAAGGCACUGCUGUUAUUGCAGAAUCAAAGUUUUCUGAACUUGGUGCUGAUUCUCUAGACACGGUCGAGAUUGUGAUGGGUCUCGAGGAAGCAUUUGGUAUCAGCGUGGAAGAAGAAAGUGCACAGAAAAUCAUCACCGUGCAGGAUGCUGCCGAUCUGAUCCAGGAACUAGUGGAGGCAAAGUCUUGUUAAGCAGAUAGAAAUGUGUUCCGCCACAAGUUUCUGUAGCUUAGUAAACUUGCUCUGCGUCGUUAUCGUUAUAAUGUACUGCCAGAAGUAAAGCAUGAGACUGCUAGCAAAACUUGGUCAUGUGCUUCUUUUGGUCAUCAGUCUUAUUAAGUUAAUUUAAGCAACUUCAACAUUUUUGUGUUUUUUGAUAAACUAAUACUCGAUCUCAUAUUAUGUUGUGUUCUA